ACGCGCUGCUGCGCUGUGGUCUCCUCCUGCAAGGGCGCGUGCGCGUGCGCGGCGGGGCGCUCCCGGGGAGUCAAAAGCGUUUCCAGCCUUUAGCCAAAGGGAGUCUGAAAUCUGCCGCUUGGUUUGACCGCCCCAAGAGGGAGGCCAGGGCUCGGCAGAGAGAGCGGCUUUCCCUCCCCUUCGGGGAGCAGAGCUAGAGAGAAGCGGGGCUGCGUGGGGGGGACACACCAAGUCCGGCCUUUCAGGCGGGGAGCCUUCUGUGGCUGCGCUUCCUUUUGAACCAGUUGAACUCGGGUGUGGUCUGCAAUGGAGGGGACGAAGGGACUAGCAAGGAGGGGGCCGCUCCUUGCUAGCCCCUUUGCCCGCUUCCACUGCAGAUCAGAGCCGAGUCCAGGCGGGAUCCUCUCUCUCUGCCUGAUCCCGCCCCCCGCCGCUCUUUCACCUCGCACGGACCCCCUCUGCCUCCCAGGGGAACCUGAUUCCCGGCUUCGGGAUGCUCUGGGGGAUGCAUCCCGAUCUCCCUGGGACCACCGAAGGGCCUGGCAGAUCUCCCGGGAGGGGGAGGGGCGCGCGUCUGCCUUCUUGCACUAACCCAGCUGGUGUUGGCUGGGGAGAGCUGCUGCCUCGGCAUAAAGUGGGUUGGUCAGAAGUCGAGGCUGCGUGGGUGGUUCUCCAGAGAAGCUGCUGGAAAGAAUCAGACCCGCCUCUGGGUACCUGGUGUCUCCUUCCCUGGGAACAGGAGGCCUUGACAAUUUCCCCUUAUUGACCGGCAUGCCAGAGGAAGGCAAAUAUUGUCCCUAUGUGCAAUAGUGGGGGAGGGGGGAAUCUGGGGCAGCGUCAGCCUGACUCUGGGACUGGCAUGGCUCCUGAGGGGGCCAUGGGCCGAUGGAGCUGCCAGCCUUAAAAGCUGAAGUCUCUCAAAGGCCAAGAAAUGGGCCUUUUCGUUCUGCUGAGCCCUCAGCUGAAUUGUCGCCUGAAAUGUCACAGAAUAGCAAGUGGGCUUUGGAGCUCUGUGUGUGUGUGUGUGUGUGUGUGUGUGUGUGAGAGAGAGAGAGAGAGCAGGGAAACUUUUAUCUUCAGCCCCCUGCUGGAAUAAUUCAGAGCACCCCCCAAAUCAGCCUGGCAAAGCUGGUGCUCCUGAGAAGGAAACUGCACAAGUGGGCAGAGGUUUCCCUUCCUUGGGAGUCGUAAAGGAGCAGAUUGGGCAGCUAUUGUAUCUUUGCUGGAAAGGGGAGGAGGGGGGGAAGGAUCCUCUUUCCCUCCCUUUUUCCCCUGGGCCCCUCCUGACUGAGGACUAGGGAUGGGUGCAGAGUCUUGCACAAUUUGGGAUUGUCCUGGAGAUUUCCUCAUAGUGGGAGGCCCGACUGCACCCUCCAUCCACUGACCCAUCCCCCACCUGCCAGCGCUGUUCUUGUUCUUUUUGGCAGCUUCACUCUGCAAGGGAUGUGGAACACGAUGUGCUGCUUCCUGGUGUUUCAGAGCUUCUGGGAACGCUGCUCGUAGUCUAGAAACAGGAAUGUGUUUUACCUUUCAGCAUUAAUUGUGACCAUCAAUUGUGUUGUAAAUGUUGUACCUUGAUGAAUGUAUCUUUUCUUUUGUGUACACUGAGAGCAUAUGUACCAAGACAAAUUCCUUGUGUGUCCAAUCACACUUGGCCAAUAAAAUUCUAUUCUAUUCUAUUUAUUAGUCUGAUCUGUGGAUGUUUGCACAGAUUGGAUUCAAAAAUGCACUGAAUUUAGGACUUCCGGUGGCUCCGUCUCCCCGGAGGACGUCUGGAAUGGCGUCCUGAACUGAGAUUCUGUAAAAGCUGGUGAAACAGCGGAGAACAGCUGUUAGCCAGCUUUAAAGCUUUUCUCUGGGUGAAAGAGAAUAGCGAAGAGUGGCUGGAUAGCAGAAGAUUGCCCCAGGGGCUCUGCUUUCUUAUGCAGAGUCUCAGAGGGGUGCCUGCUUAAUCCAGCCUUACUCCAGACUCGGCUUGAUCCUGCUAAUUAGGCAGGACAAGAGGAGACGCCCACCUCUGCUCCAUUGAUUCCGUUUUGAAUAACUAAAAGCAGACGGGACAAAUAGAAGUGAUCGAUUAUUGGGGAAGCAAGAAGAGAGCUGACUUCUACUUCUUUUUAAAAAAAGGGGAAAACUUUUUUUCACUUUAACUUAGUGAAGGAAGAAAUGGCGUCUGAGAGGAAGUGGAUUGGAGGCUGAUUGUGAGAGAAAGGAAGUUCGUCUUUGUGGAUUUUGGCUGAAUAGAAGCUCUCCAUAGAAGGCAAGCACUCUAGGGCAGGACAAGAAGUUACAAGUGGAAGAUCAUUAAAGACAGACCCAACCGAGAAGGAAGUGGGAAUUUCCUGACAGUGGGAACAAUCAAGCAGUGGAAUGGCUUGCCACCAGAGGGGACACGGCGGCCAUGGCAACAAGACAAUCGGCAUCUGGCAUCACCUGGGCUCGGAGCCUCCAGCCAACAGCACUGAGUUAAUACAGCGCUGUGCUGAUGAGGAGGGCUUUGACGCCGUCACGCUAGACGAGAUGGGCACCAUGGUCUUCUUCAAAGGCUCUUCGGUCUGGAAGGGCUUCACCGGUGCUGCGGAGCCCAUAGAGGACUCCUGGCCUGAAAUCCAAGGCCCCGUUGACGCAGCCCUGCGAAUCCACUACCACGACCACCCAGACAGUCUUCACGACAAUGUUUUGCUCUUCCAGGGCAAGAGAGUCUGGGUGUACCAUGAAGGGAGGCUGAGACAUGGCUACCCCAAGCUGAUUGAGCAGGAGUUCCCGGGCAUCCCAGCCGACCUGGACGCAGCCGUGGAAUGCCAUCCGAAGGAAUGCCCGUCUGAAACCAUUGUGUUCUUCAAGGGCCCGAAGGCAUUCACCUAUGACCUGCGGACAAAGGCAGUGAAGCUGCGUGCCUGGCCGGCCAUCUCCAACUGCACUGCAGCCGUACGCUGGCUGGAGCGCUACUACUGCUUCCAAGGCAUCCGCUUCUUGCGCUUUGAUCCACUGCGGGGCAGUGUGCCAUCCCACUACCCGCGGGAUGCCCGGGACUACUUCAUGCGCUGCCCUGGCAGAGGCCACGGGAGGGAGUCCCAGAGGAACGCCACGCUCUGGGGCAUCCUCAACGCCUGCAGUGGGCGUCCUUUCCCGGCUUUCUCGUCUGAUGAUCCUGGGCGCAUCUAUGCCUUUCGCGGGGGUCACUACUUCCGGGUGGACUCUGUGCGAGACGGGCUGCAUGCUUGGCUUUUGAACCACACCUGGUCAGGGCUGGAGGGGGAGGUGGAUGCCGCCUUCAGCUGGGCAGACAAGCUCUACUUCAUCCAGGACUCCCAGGUUACCAUCUAUAGAUCUGAGCACGGCUACAGCCGGGUGGAGGGCUAUCCCCGGCCCCUCGUGGAAGAGCUGGGUGUGUCCCAAGCAGAUGCUGCCUUCACUUGCCCUUAUUCUUCGGUGCUCUACAUCAUCCAAGGAAAUCACCUCCAGCCGAUUGACCUGCAGCAGAGUCCUCGUCGCCCAGGACCACCACGGCUCCUCCCCCAUCCCCAUGUGGACAGCGCCAUCUGCACCACCAAGGGGGUCUUCCUGUUUGUGGGGGCUGACUUCCACCAGUACCAGGACGUGGCCAAGCUCAGUGCUGCUACCGUCCCGGCGCCAGCCCAGAACACGGCAGCUGUCUUUUUCCACUGCUCUUCCUCAGGGGCUCCCCAGCCUCUUCCCUGGGGAGGGCAUCACCCUGGACACAACCCUCAAUAAAUCAUGUCUCAGCCAUGGUGUCAA